AUGUACAAGUCAUCACCUGAAAAGGAGACAUCGUCUAUAGACGUCUUAGAUUUCGAACAGCGGUUUGCGUUAUCAUCGUUGAUCAAAAAUAAUUGCAUUGACGUUGCGGUAGAGAGCACGGCCUCCGAAGCAACCGGCAUCAUCGCAGAACCAGCACUCCUACUGGGUGCUGACACGGAUCGUAUUGGCUCUGAGGACAGGAGCACAGUCUCUGGCGUAAGGAGUGAACCCUACUCCGAGCAUGUCGUUGCCAAAGGUGUAACAGCCCUCCUGGCCGGAAUCGCCCCGGAGAACAAGAUUUAG